GCGUCGCUGCACUAGCGAUUCUCUCAGAUGGAGAGGAAAUCAGAAGCAGCCAAACCUUGUUUCAAAACAUUAUCGUGUUCGUCCAAAAUCGAACCCGUAUCGACAAUACAUUCUCAGAAAAUUCAGAAGUUGAAGUCUGGUGUUUAUAACGAAGAUGAUGAAUCAGAGAGCUUCUCUGAUAUCGAUGAUGCUGAGGUGUGUAAGUACCUUAACAACAAGAAGGAAGCACGCUACAAAAGGAUGAUUUGGGAAGCGAUGAAUAAAGAUCAUCAGAAGGGAAGUAAAGAAAAGCGAGCCAGAAAAGCUACCAAAGAUGAUCCAACAAAAGAAGUUGUCAAACCUGCGCGUAAAAUGGAUAAUGAGAAGAGAUUGAAUUCAAAGAUCAACUAUGAUAUGCUAAAUAAGCUAAACCAUGAUGAGGUUCAUAAAAUGGACAAUGGAGAAGAUGUGGGUGACCAUUGUGGCCAUCAUGUUGAGAUGCAGCUCAUCAAUGAUAAAUCAAAUUCUGAAGUAUACAGUUCAGGGGAUGAUAAUGAAAAUGCGAUUGACCCUGAAAAUGGUGGUUGUUAAGAUACUUAUUCUGCUGAAGACUACUGUGAAACUAAGGAUUUUGGAAAUGAUGAGGAUGGUUACUUCUAUGAUGAAGAGUAUGACGAUAGUGAGUAUUAAUGCAUUCCUUAAAAAAUAUAUUUAUAUAUUUCUAAACAACUUCCUUUAGAAUUUU